CACAAAUAUUCCCUACUUCAAAAUGUUCUCUUUAUAGCCCUUAGCUAAUGCUCUGCUACAUUUCUGCAACUCAUUUUCCUCUGUUUCGUGUUUUAUAUCCCAAGAUAUAAGCCUUCCUUCUCUCAAAUCAACCAAGCCUUGGCGUUCCAUUUUAGGAAGAGGAAUGAAACACAACGUCUCUGCUGCUAUGUCGAUAGGUCCAAUGGUUGGGUAUAGAUUCCAUCCAACAGAUUAUGAGCUGGUUAAUCAUUUUUUGAAGCGAAAGAUAUUUGGUUGCGAUGAUGAUGACUCAACUAUCACCGAGAUUAAAGUUUGCGACUUUGAGCCGUGGGAUCUACCUGAUAUAGUUGACACAGGUUCAGAGGACCAAGUGUGGUAUUUCUUUUGCCCCCGUGAUUAUAAGUAUUCGGGUAGUCGUCGUUCGAAUCGAACAACCAGGGCAGGAUUUUGGAAACCCACUGGCAAGCUGCGUAAAGUGAAAGAUAAACAUAGCAAGGAAGAGAUUGGUACAAAAAGAAGUUUAGUAUUCUAUGUAAGAGAUCAUCCUAAAUCGAGGAGGACCAAAUGGAUCAUGCACGAAUAUGAAUAUAUUGUUUCAAGUUCUACCUUGGCUGUCCAGGGUAAUUUCCUUCUCUGUAAAUUGAAGGCAAAGCCUGAUGAGAAGAUCAACAACGGUGAUGUUGUAUUGCCUUGUGAUCCUGAAAUUGGAAAGUUCAAUGAGAUGACAACUAAUUCAUCUUGUGAUGAAUGUGAACCGAGCAUCCAUGUGGCUUCUGAUUUUGAAAAUUGUAAUCCCAACGAGUCGACUACUAUCUCAACCUAUGACAAAGUUGAGCAGAAUGACCUUAUAGCUUUUGAUUUUGAAAAUCAAAAUCUAAAUGAAGUGACCACUGAUUCAGCUGGCGAUGAAGGAGAAUCACAUUACUAUUUGGGUUUUGAUCAAGAGGAUCAAAAUUCAAAUGAGAUGGCGGCUAUGUCAACCUAUGUGAAUGGCAAAUUAAUAUGCCCAAUCACUUUUGAUAUAUCAGCCUGUGAAGAAGGUGAAUGGAUUAACCAAGUACCAACACCUUCUGAUACGCUAACUUCCUCAACUGCUGCUAAUGUAUACAAUAAUGCAGCGGAGGCUACGCCAUUAGAGGCAUAUCUACAAGCUUAUCUUAAAGAUUGGGAGAAUUGCUUGAGCUAGAAAAAGUAGACAAUUUUAUUACAGCACCCAUCUCCAAUUGAAGCAGCUCUUACGCUAGUUUUGGUAGCUCCGAGCAAGCUGAAGUAGGAUCUGAAAUAGGAUGUCCUUGAGUUCCUAUUUGGCAGGAGCCGCUUUAGCCGUUGGCUUCCUCGAGGAUACGCACGUACUGUUGAUGGGGUUCUGCUAUCUUCAACCUGAAAUACUCUUUACUUCCUUAAUAGCCUAUAUUUACUUCCAAAUUUGUACCUUAUAAAGAUGUUAAUAGUAUUAGUAAGAUAUGUUUACUAUUUGACUCUUGUAUUUAAGUCCAGCAACCUUGUAUCGUCUUUGAUACCA